UGCUUAGUCCCUUUUAAUUUGAGAGAAUCAAAAUUAGGUGCCAAACUAUGCCUUUGCAUAAUGCAUGCCAGCAUCAUUUGUUGUGGGUUGUGGAACAAUGGUGUUUGUGAUGGUAACACUAUUUCAUUGAUUAAUCCAUGCACCAAACUCUAUCCUGUUAAACUAGAUUUGGUUCUUGUGAUUGUCAAACAAUAUGCUGUUGAACCACAUUAAAUUAGUUUUUGGUUAUAUUUUAUUUAUUUGCUUUUUUAUUUUGCUUUUUGCAGACAUAAGCAAAGUAGUUCUAUAGAACAACCUAGUACCUGUACAAAGGAUGGGGUGUUUUACUGUUUUGAAAAGCAAGAAGAAAAAGCAUGACCAAAUUGCAUAUGUAAAACGAGUAAGCCACAGUGAGCAUGUACCUACAAUAUUGCCUGAACCUCAUACUCGCACGCUCCAAUCUGCACCUCCUAGUUUUAGGACAAGAGUUAAACCCAUUCAACCUAGUAAAAUGACUUACAAUAGAACAAGAGCAUUAUCUGCUCCAUCAACUCUUGACACAGCGGAACAAGAUGCUUUAGCUUCGGUUGAGUAUGAGGAACAAGAAGAGUUGAGACACCGAGGAGGAGGAUCAAUGAAGGAGCAGCAUUUGUCUAGCCCACAACCUUUACCGCUUCCAUCUCCUAAGGGUGGCAGUUCAUUGAACGCAAUGGGCAGCUUUAAGUCAGUGACAGCUAAUGUUCCUCCAAAUUCUUCUGGACCUUUGCCGCUUCCACCUACAGGGUCACUUCGAAACUUUCAGUAUGAGGAAAUUGCAGCUGCUUGCCUCAAUUUCUCCUUAGAUCGAUGCAUGUCGGAAUGCCUUUCCUCCACCAUAUAUAAAGCUUCCUUUGGCGAUGAUUCUUCUUCAAGCUCAAAGAAGUUUGAAGCCACUGUCACGCGUCUACACCCAUCAAAUCAGGGCUUAAAGGAAUUCAUAAGUGAGGUCAAUACUAUAGCAUCUUUGCAGCAUCCAAACCUCUGUAAAUUGCUAGGGUUUCAUGCGCGUGAAGGUAAGGAACAAAGAAUGCUGGUUUAUGAGAGGCUAUACCAUGGAAGCUUGGACCGCCUGUUGUACGUGAGAUCUGAUGGCCCGUCUCUUGAUUGGAACACAAGAAUGAAAAUCGCUAUAUGUGCUGCACAAGGUCUUACUUUCUUGCAUGAAGAAGGGCCUUUUCAGGCAAUGUAUAAUGAAUUCUCAACAGCUAACAUACAGAUAGACAAAGAUUUCAGUGCCAAGCUUUCAGGGUACGGUUGCGUUGGACAACUUCCCGAGGAAGAGAUAUCGAGCAGUUCAUCCGCUGUUGGCAACCUAUCAAUGGAGACACUGGAAAAAGGAAUGCUCACACCAAAAAGCAACGUAUGGAGUUUUGGAAUUUUUCUUCUAGAGCUUCUUACUGGAAGAAAGAAUCUGGAUAGUCGUCACCCCAAGGAAGAGAGAAAUUUGGUCAAGUGGAGCCGUCCCUUCCUAGCCGAUGAUUAUCGACUCUCAUUGAUUAUGGAUCCUCAACUGAAGGGUCGCUUUCCCUCCAAAGCGGCGAGAACUGUAGCUGACAUUGCCCAAAGAUGCCUUCAGAAGGAGCCGUCCGAAAGACCAACCAUGAGGACUGUUGUCAAGCACCUCAAAAUGAUACAGGAUUUACGUGUUACUCAACAAACAGAUGAGCGUAUUAGUAAGUUGUUAGAUACACGCUUGGCUCCUUUGGAAAAGACUCAAAAGAAGUUAGAAAAGUUGGAACGGGCAACUGGAAAGGCCAAGAAGGAAAAGCUGAAACAGAAGAGAUGGAAUGAGGCUUAUGUUAGCUAUUAUGAGAAGCCACCACCCACCAUCCCAUUUCAGAGCUUAAACUCAUCGCCGACCCCUUCUCUACUUGUCGCCCUCUCUGUCCGAGCUCGCUUUGUCGCCGUGAGUCGCGCCGCUUCGCUGCUCCUCGCCGUGGGUCGCGCCGCUUCGCUUCAACCCUCUCAGGUCUCAGAUCUCAGUUCUCAGUUCUCAGUUCUCAAGUUUCUUCUUCUCUGA